CACACUAAAAGAGGAAAGGGAGAGUUGACGUUUGUUGUUUCAUCGGUUCCUCUUUUUAUUCGACAUUGACGCAGUGUAUGUUGCUGUUGUUGGACAUGUAUCUUCCAGUCCAGAGCAGCAGCAGCAGCAGCAGCAGUGAAGUCAGGAGAGGAGGCGAACUGUAGAGCUUCUGAACUUGGGGACACAACGGGAUUCGGAUCUUCAUCAUGGAAGAAGAUGGUGUGAAAGAGGAUCCCACCCAGGGUAAAAAGCCAAAGUUCCUGGGAAAGGCUGGUUGGGUGAAGAAAGCUCCAGGCAAACUGUUGGCGACCUACAAGGAGCGCUUCGUCCACGUGGAGAAAACCGAGAUUGUUGUGUAUGAAAAUGAGGACUUGCAGAAAUGUUUAGAAAGACUUGACCUGGAAAACUAUGACAGAUGUCAUGAGUUAAAGAGCACCUUCAAGAAGAAACACAGACUGAUCCUGAUCCGAUCACCCAAGUCUGCGUACAAGGUCAGUGAUAUGAAGUUCCAGACUCAGACUGCAGAGGACAAAGAGGACUGGAUUAAAGCCCUGACUGAUGGCAUCAAUCGAGCCAAGAACAAAAUCUUUGAUGAGGUGAAAGUGACAGAAGACAGUCCUCUGGAUCAUGUGACUCGAACCAGGCCCAAAGGGACUCGCAAUCGACGACCACCGACCAGGAUACACCUUAAAGAGGUUGCUGAUGUGUCGUCUGACGGAAUUUUACGUUUGGACCUUGAUCUUGAGGGUGCCGUUCUACUAAAUGGGAUUCCUUGUGUUGAUGGAACUGAGACGAAGAAACCAGUCUCAGUGGCUCCUUCCAGUAAAGCCACAGAAACAGAGUCAGGACUCAGUGCCGAGGAGAGCACAGUGGCAGAGCAAGACGUCACUCAGCAAAAACUCCCUCCAAUAUCUGAGGAUGAACCUGAGAAGAACGAAGCCCCUCAGAAAAAGGUCUUGAAGCCUCCGGUACCUCCAUCUAAAGACCCCAAGUCCUUCCUUUUAGCUGCUGAAGAUAUUCCAAAGGAGACCAAAGGUGAGAAGGGGUCUGAAGAGAACUCUGACAUUGGGAAAAAGACAGGUCCACCACCGACUCCUCCCAACAAACCAAACCCUCAGAGCUCUGUGUGCAACCUUACAGAACCUACAGUGUCCAGACCAUCCGGCCAGCCUCCUAUACCCCCAAGCAAAGAAAAGAAGAUGUCUCUCAAAGCAGUACAACCACACCAAGAUGUUGUGGAUACGGAGGGAGAGAACAAAAAGGAGGAUGACGAAAGAAGGGAAGAUACAGAAACCGAUGACCGUUCUGAAAAAGCCGUGGAGACUAAGGAGGAGCAGAGUACAGAGGAACAUCAUAGCACUUCUACACCUAUUUUAAUCACAGAGGAGUCAGAGGACUCCGUUCAGUCUAUCAUCAAGCCCCCUGUAUCACAACAAGAAGGUUCUGAGAACUUGGAUGCUGUUCUUCAAGCAGAAGAUUCUGAACCCUCGACUAAAGAUCCUUCGGGAGUUUGCUCCUCUAACAACCCACUGGAUGCCGGUCUCACCACAGAUCUCUUGCUGUCUCACUCACCCAAGGAAAAACAAAGGAAGGCGGAGGAGAAGUCUGUAGACAGUGGUCAGCACUCUGAUGAUGACAGUGAAGGUUCUGGAUGUGAAGACCUACUGGCAGCUUCUUCGGUGGCACUGCAAGGAAGCCAGCCAGGUCUGGAUGUGCUGGACCCCCGUGAAGAUGAGGUUCAAAUUCUCCCAUUAAACCAGAGCAAGGUUCCACCCAAGCCUCACUCUGAGGCCAAGUGCUUUCACAAUCCAAAGCCCGCAGUAGGUUUGAAACCCUACACUAAGGUGAAGUCGGCCUCCUUCAGUGACCUGCUGUCUGACACCGUCAAGGUGACACCACCUGUCAGAGCGGGGGCUCAGGGUGGCAGGAAUUCUGCAGAGAACGUCAUGAAACUUAAAACUGAAGUAGCUGUUGAGAUACAAAAGACGAACGAGCUCUUCGACAGGGUGUCCAAGGUCCAGGGGUGCAAUGAGCCUCAGGACCUUCUGUCCGAGGCCAUGGAGAAGCUAAAGAAGGCCGAUCACUUCCUCAGGCAGGUCCACAAAAUAAAGAUGGCAAACAACAUGUACAACAGGAAGAGCUGGUGACUUUGUUCCGCUCUGUAUUGUACGUUGUCUAUACUGCCCCCAACUGGACAGUCACUGUAAAGUCAACACAGCUGUGAAUUUUUCCAAGGAUUUGAUCCAACAGUGUAACUGUGUGCUUGAGGCCAACAUUUAUUAGAUCUAGGUAAAACCUUUUAUGUUUACAUGUUCUGAAUUAUACGUGGUAAGUACUCCAAUGUUUGGUACAAGUCAAAUUAUUUCUAGCACUUUCCAGUUGAAUCGGUUUAAAACUUUGAUUUAUUGGAACUAAUCCUUUGGUCGUUUCUUGGUUCACUGCACCUAACCGUACCUACCAUCUUGUUACUUUUCUGUAUUCAGUAUGUGGAGCAGCAUGAAAGCAUGUUAAAUGUGAAUGUUAAAACCCAUUGAAGUUUGAUGCUUCAAAGUCUUUCCCGUCUUUACUUAUCGGGAUAUUGUCCUGACCGUGAAUUUAACAGGAACCAAAAAAGGCUACCUUUCAACAUAGUCCUGCUCACGAGACCUGAUGCAUGUGAACCAGUACAGGAGGAAGUGGAUUUCCACUCAUGUGAGCAAACUGACACAGCAGAGUUCUGUUAAUUAUGUGAAAAAAUAAUUAUUGACUACAACAACAGAAAUCCAUAUGAAAUCACAUCUUUAUGUUGGUGUGUUUUGGGAAUAGGAACAUCACACGAGGGCUGUUUGUGAAGAAAAACAAUGCUUUACAACAUACAUGAAACAAGUCAGCAAGUGGAACUGUGUGAUUUUAUCAGAUUCAUUUUUCUCCAUGCUUCCAGUUGUGUUUUUAAUAAUGCACUGUUUAAAUGACUAAUCAUCAGGUUGAUCUGACACAGCUGCAUCAACACAGGAAGUGACAGGAAUCACUAUGGGUAAAAAAGCAGCUGUUUGGAGGUCAGACUAAUAAUAUCCUGAUAUACUAAAAACACCUUAGUGCCUUAGAGCAGCGAUUCUUAACUGGUGGGUUGCAACCCAAACGUUGCCCUCAGACUACUUUUCAGUGGGUCACAGGACCUAGGCCAGGCAUUAAAAAAAAAU